AUGCAAGCCAUGAAAGAAACUGCAACUAAUAUUAAGUCUGGUAUUGAAAAGACCAAAGCUGUUGCUCAAGAAAUGAUGACAGCAAAGAACCCAAGUGAGAAAGAGAUGGCAACAGAAAAAAAAGAAGAAAGAAUAAAGGCAGCAGAGGGCAAGACACAUUCCUACUCAACGAGUGGAGCUACUGGACAACCAAGUGGUGCACAUCAAAUGUCAGCAUUGCCAGGGCAUGGAAGUGGACAACCAACAGGAGGAAGUGUGGUAGAAGGUGUGGUGCCUUCACACCCUAUUGGGAAGGCUACUGGAACUCAUAAUACACAUGUUGGUUCAUAA